GCUUCUUCCUCCUCAACACUCGGGUGCUCCUCAACUCUUUGCCGAACAUUCCUUUGCGAGCCACCGACCGCCCGUCCAAAUUCCGCUUGCACCUCAUUGAUGGCGAAGGAAUGCGCCUCGCUUACCAUCUUAAUAUUUGACACGUCGUUGACACUUGCGAUUGUGGUCAAAUGGGUGUUCGUGGUCAUGAGCCCGUUGCAACAACAAAUAUCGGCCGGCUUCUUGGCGUACAAAAUUCAUGGUCUUGAGAGCCGCCAUGUUAAGGGAAGGGGUCGCAUUGAUGGGAGUCAUCGUGCUCAAGUCAACCCCACAAUAAGUAGCAAUGGGUGUGAUCAUGCCACCCACACAAAUUUGGCCCGACUCCGAAAUAGCCGCCUCCCAUAA